GUUGUCGGUUAAUGUCGUAAACGGUCUCUAGCGAUCGAUCAAUUUCUAAUUGAGGUAAAAUUUAAAAAGAAUUUGAUAUACAUCGACGAAAAAUUCGAUGAAAUAAUAUAUCUAUAAGAUAAGAAAUAAUAUAUAUAUAUAUAUAAGAUUUUAAAAGAAGAUAAAGAAAGGAAAAGAAAGGAAACGAAAGGAAAAAAAGAAGGGAAAAGAAAGGAAGAGAAAAGAAAAAUGGCAUUAUCGAUAGCCUUGCCUCUAUCUGGCCUAGAGCCUGAACACUUUGCCUCUAUAGGGGCAAGAAUUUUGUACGAACGAGGUUUGAGAAUUUUGUCUGGCAAUCCACCGAUUUCACCGAGUACCGCGAGUGAAUCAAGUGGGAUCUCCAGUCUCAUACCCUCCACCACCGAAUCAUCAACACCCAAUGAAACGCCAAUUUCAUCAAGACCGGAAACACCAGCCGAGGAAACGAUCAAGAAGGAGGAAGGGCAAACGAAGGAAGAGGAGUUACCGCUCCGAAUCUAUUAUAGGCAACGCGACAUAUUGAAUUUAGGAGCGAAUCUCAGAGAGCCGUUCUGGCAAAUGAGAGUUCCAACGAUGCCACGAUACGAUUUCAAAAGUUUCGUAGAGAAUAGGUCGGUGUAUUAUCGGUUAGGCGAAUUCGGAUUAACGGAAGAUUAUCCAACGAGAAUGUGCACAGAUUGUGGGUUCUGCGAACCAUCGCCAUACCUGUUUUAAUCUGUCGACAUCGAUGUUGAAAACAACAGACAAGAAGAACGACGUUGCGAACAACUAACUGUCAUAAAUAGAUAGACAAGCGGCGGCCGGCUCGAAUUCACGAAGUGAAACCAAAAAGAAAAAAAAACCAAAAAAAAACAAAACAAAAAAAAACCAAAAAAAAAAAAAGAGACCAGUGACAAUGUACAUAAAAAGUACACACGUUUCUCUCGAGGAAACAUUAAAAAAAGAAGAAAGCAUUGAUCUUUUGGCGCCUAAAAGAACGCGAAAGUUCUAUACAAA